CAAAAAAAUAAUAAAUUUAAUUUCAUACUCACAUCACAUGACACAAGCGUUAUAAAAGCUCUUCAAAAUCCAAUUGAACAUUUUCAACACUAACCAACCAAACCAACUCCGCUUCUUCUCUCUUUGUUUCUCUAUUUUCCCGCUACUUCGAUUUUGCAACGAAGAGCAAUGUCGUUCACUUCAACUUCCAGAGGAAGAACAACAACAACCACCAGUCCGGAGAGGACUAAAGUUUGGACCGAGCCCAGGCCCAGGCCCAAAAAAGUUUCCGUCGUUUACUACCUAUCCCGUAACGGCCAACUUGAACACCCUCAUUUCAUGGAAGUCCCUCUCUCUUCACCUCACGGACUCUACCUCAAAGACGUAAUCAUUCGCUUGAACCUUCUCCGUGGGAAAGCCAUGUCAACUAUGUACUCCUGGUCCUCUAAACGAAGUUACAAAAACGGCUUCGUUUGGCAUGAUUUAUCGGAGAACGAUUUCAUCUAUCCAACGCAGGGACAAGACUACAUUCUCAAAGGAUCGGAGAUUCUCGAUCACGCCGCUACCGCCGCCAUUACUUCUAGGACUUCAGAGGAAGAAACUGAUUCUCCGGUGGUGAUUACGAGGCGGCGCAACCAGUCAUGGAGCUCCAUUGACUUGAACGAGUACCGAGUUUAUAAGUCCGAGUCGUUAGGUGACUCAGUUGGAAACAUCGCCGCCGACGCGUCGACUCAGACAGAGGACAAGCGAAGGCGGAGGAAGGUUGUGAGGGAAAAGGAAGAAGAAGAAGAAGAAGAGAAAAAUGAAAUUGAAAACGAAGAAGUUGAAACGGAGGGAAGAGAUCAAAAUCAGAGUACGGAACUGAGUAGGGAAGAGAUCUCGCCUCCACCGUCAGAUUCGAGUCCCGAAACAUUAGGAACGCUGAUGAAAGUAGAUGGACGGUUGGGAUUGCGAUCUUCGGUUCCUGCUAAGGAGAAUCUAACGGCUGACAAUUAUCCUAGUGGAAGGAUGAAAGCUUCAUCGGUACUAUUGCAAUUAUUAUCGUGCGGUGCGGUGUCUUUGAAGGAAAGUAUGAGUGGAACCGGUUCGGGUAAAGAUCAACGGUUCUCAUUGGUGGGGCACUACAAGUCUAGGCUCCCCCGCGGAGCAGGGAAUCAAGAGGGAAAAGAAGUGGGGACUUUGAUGGAAAUUCCUGAUUUGAGCAGGGUGAGAUUGGAAGAUAAAGAGUACUUUAGUGGGAGCUUGAUCGAAACAAAAAAAUUAGAAGCUCCUGCAUUCAAGAGGUCCUCUUCUUACAAUGCAGAUAGCGGUUCCCGAUUGCAAAUCAUGGAGCAUGAAGAUGUCGUGCGGGCAAAGUGCAUACCAAGGAAGUCCAAGUCGCUAGCAACAAAGAAAGAAGAGGGCACUUCCAGUUGCAUGGACAUUGGUAGCCGUAGCCAACAUGGAAGUAAAAGAUUUGAGGCGCAACAAUAGGUUGAAUAAGAAACUAUGUCAAAUUGGCAAUGUAUGUUUCUAGUUGACCACUGAGAAGAGAUUAAAAGCUAAAAGAAGUGAAAUUAGAGUGAGCUGAGCUGUGUGGAGGAAUGAAUGUAUUAUAUUUGACAGAGGUAGGGUAAGCACAAAACAAGUAGGUGGUAAUAUUGCUGCCUAGAGCUUUGCAAUUUGCAAGUCACAGGCACUAUGGACAAAUACGUUAAGCAAAGAUUAGCAAUGUGAUUAAAUUACUAGUUUGUAGCCCUUGUCCAUUUUAAUCUUUAGGUUUUUGGCCAAAAGUCAGUGCUUGUAACAGCUGUUUUGUGUUCACUUUUCUGGCUUUUGUGUGGCCCUGAUAAUUGCCUUUAAAUUCUUUAAUAUUACCGUGUUUAUUAGAUUUCAUGGAUAGAGAGAACUAAAGUACUUACUACUAGCA